AUUUGGACUAAGCCGUCCACUUGGUUGAUUAGUGGUUACCUAAGGCAAGCGUUCCAGGUAGCGAGAAAAGUCGCUUCCAAGUGUCUGAUUCAGGGCACAGGCGAACAGCGACCUCAGCACGAUGGAAAUAUGACAGAAAGUCCAUUUCAACAUCGUAUGUUCUUCUCAUGCGAAACAGAAGACUGAUGGAAGAGACAUUGAAGAUGACAAAUCAUAAAAUCGGGCAGCGGAAGUUGGUCGAUCGAUCAGAGUAAAUCAGUUUGCUAGCUGAGGAAUUUUAGUGGGCUGUUCAAUUGUAGUUGUUUUCCCUGAUUGGCUAUUUACGUUUCGGCGAACCUGUUUCUGAUUUAAUUUAUCUGGACUUUCGUCGGAGAAAUGAGCUGCGUAAUGUUAGUGGAGUUUGUGGGGUGUUUAUGUAGGCAACUUCAACCAGUGAAGUUGCAGUGUUUUGUGCUCGGGUCAAACAAACAUGCGGGACCUGAACGUGCUUGAGCGCUCCUCCGUGUUCGCCGCGGAGAUGAUGAUGGAGGUGUUUGAUCGGACUCCCACGGAAAAAGAGCUCGUCUUUCAGUCCAAGGAACUCUGUAGAGACUUCAUUCACUCCAGAAUCGUAAGGGAAGGACUAAGUUGGUCAAAAGUCGAGUCUGAUCUGCCCGAGCCACACGGAGCUCUUGUAAAUAUAUCCGUGGUGCUGCUAAAACUGGGUGAUGAACUUGAGUGUAUGCGCCCGUAUGUGUAUCGUAAUAUCGCAAAGCAGCUGAACAUCAGUGUAGCAGUGGAGGCUGUGGUGUCAGAUGCUUUUCUCUCUGUAGCAACUGAGAUCCUAGUCAUGGGGAUCACAUGGGGCAAAGUGGUGGCCAUCUACGCUGUAGCAGCCGGGCUGGCGGUGGACUGUGUGCGUCAGGGCCAUCCAGUCAUGGUGCACACCAUAGUGGACAGUCUGGGAGAGUUUGUGCGUAGGAACCUGGUCCCAUGGCUCAAAAAGAGAGGAGGAUGGGGGGACAUUUUAAAAUGUGUGGUGAACAUGGACUCUAGAGCUCGUGCCCACUGGUUAUCAACAGCUGUGUUCUCAUGGAGGCAAUUCUUAAAGACCAUGUACAUCUACCUGACGAAGUAGCCUCGUGCAGGAAAUCAUCCUGUUGACUGAGAACUGAAUCUUUCCCUCCUAGGACUAUUUGAAUGGUCCAUUGUACUGUUUGUGGAGCAAACGGCCCCUCACAAAGGUCAUAGCACGUCACCCGGGUUCAACCGCACCUUAAUCCUCUUUUACCUUUCAUUAAUUCUUUAAAAUAUACUAUGUAUAAACUGAAACAAAUACUAUGAGCUGACAUUGUGGGGGUGGCACUGUGAAGGAAUAUGUGCUAUAUUUAUUGCUGGAGCUACAUAAUAUCUGUCUUCCUUAGUUUAAACUGACCCAGAAAUAUGGUAUGCAGGUAUUGGAGCUCUUUUUGUGCUGACACAUUGCGUGGAUUCAUUCCACUGAGAUUUUAUACUGAAUAUCUGUGGGUGAUGAGUGAAACAUUUAAAUGUUUGACAGUCUUCAGAUUUUUAUUUUUACAAAAUUGCUUAAAAUGAUGUUUGGAGUGUCACUUUGCACUUUCAGUUGUAUGGUUUGUGUGGUGUGUGAAACACUGUUGUCACCAGCUGUAUACAUCUUAAAAUAAAGAUUUUAAUGUGUGAA